AUGGAUCCAAACGCUCUGGCAAAGGCCUUCGUCGAGCACUACUACACCACUUUCGACACGAAUCGCCCGGGACUCGCUAACCUGUACCAGGAUGGGUCUAUGCUGACUUUCGAGGGUCAGCAAUUUCAGGGCGCUCAGAACAUCGCUGCCAAGCUCGCCAGUCUACCCUUCCAGCAGUGCCAGCACAGCAUUACCACCGUUGAUUGCCAGCCUUCCGGCCCUGCUGGCGGUAUGCUUGUCUUCGUCAGCGGCAAUCUCCAACUCGCGGGCGAACAGCAUGCCCUCAAAUUCAGUCAGGUGUCUCUCUUCAAACACGUCUUGCGCUCAUGUGUGCUCGAUUAG